AUGCUGCCUUACACCCUCAAGACCGCGGCCACCGCGGCCCUCGGCCUCCUCGUCAGCACCGCCCAAGGCCACGCGAUCAUGAACACCCCGACUCCCUACAACUACAAGAAUGUCAAUGGCAACCAACUAGUCCAAGUCAAUCCCCUCGGCGCAGGCUUCCCUUUCCCCUGCCAAGGCCACACCGACACCAUCGUCUCAACAACCACCAUCCAAGCGGGAACCUCCCAACUCGUCAACUUCACCGGUGGCGCCCAGCACGGCGGCGGCUCCUGCCAGUUCUCCGUCACCUACGAGAACCCCCCGCCGGCCGACAAGUCCAAAUGGAAGACCAUCUACACCCUCAUCGGCGGCUGUCCCGUCGAAGCCGAAGGCAACCUCGUCGCGGCCCAGGUCGAUCCGGACCACCGCGCCGACUCCCCGCACUGCGGUAACGACUCCGGGAAGGAGUGUCUCCGCCAGUUUGAGGUUCCCGUUCCCAAGGACUUGCCCUCGGGUAACGCGACUUUUGCCUGGACCUGGUUCAACAAGAUCGGUAACCGCGAGAUGUACAUGAACUGCGCGCCGAUUACCAUCACUGACGGCGCGUCGGAUACCAAGUUCUUCGAUGACUUGCCGACUAUGUUUGUGGCCAAUGUUGAGGGCGAGUGUACCACCGGCCAGGGCGUGCUCAAUAUCCCGAACCCGGGCAAGUAUGGCAAGGUGCUCGAGCAGCCGGCGGCGAACAGCGAGGGUGCCUGUGCCAAGGCGGAUGGGAUCCCCAAGUUUGAAGGCGGUUCGGGCAGUGGUUCCGGUUCCGGCUCCGGCAGCGGCAGCGGCAGUGGUUCUGGCAGUGGAAGUGGCACCGGAAACCCAGCCCCCACGACCACGGCUGAUGGCGCUCAGGUCUCGUCCAAGGUGCCGCCUAUCGUCUUCCCCUCGAGCGGCUUCUUCACCCAGACUGCCACCGCCAACCCCCCGGCUGUGACGGGCAACCCGGGCAGUGGUGAGGGUUCCGGUUCUGGUUCCGGUAGCGGUUCUGGUUCGGGCUCUGGUUCGGGCUCUGGCUCCGGCUCCGGCUCCGGCACCGUCGUCAGCGGCGCACAGCCCUGCUCAACCAACGGCGAGCUCAUCUGCUUCAGCUCAACCAGCUUCGGGCUGUGUGCCAACGGCGCGGCCAUCCCGCAAGCCGUCGCGGCCGGCACGACCUGCCAAAACGGUGCGAUCAUGCGCCGGAGCGCGAAGUUCUUUUUCUGGUAG